ACAGUGACUCUCCCUCCACCUCCUUCUUGGGCUGCAUGUAAAAGUAGCGUGGGUGUCUGAAGAUCAAAUGAACUACUAUGCUGGUUUCUGUCCUGAGAAGAUUUUCUGCUAAAGUGCCCACCACGAUGGUCCGGACGGGGGGUUGUGCUGUGACCCACAGACAGAAAAGCUCUGCAUUCAGAAUACAUCCAAGGGUGAAAGAAGCGCUGGCGGAAGGUCAGCCGAUUGUGGCUCUGGAGAGCACCAUUAUUACACAUGGGAUGCCCUAUCCACAAAAUAUCAGCAUGGCCAGUGAAGUGGAGGAAAUAGUUCGAGCCAAUGGAUCAGUACCAGCAACAGUGGGCAUCAUAAAGGGUAAAGUCCAUAUUGGCCUCUGUGAUGAAGAAAUCAAGUUCUUGGCGACUAGCAAAGACUGUGUGAAAGUGUCGAGGAGAGAUCUGCCAUAUGUGCUCAGCCAGGGCCUUUCUGGAGGCAGCACUGUGUCUGGGACAAUGGUGACUGCGCAUCAUGCAGGGAUCCCUAUCUUUGUAACCGGAGGAAUCGGUGGAGUACACCGCAAUGGAGAAAACACUAUGGAUAUCAGUGCUGAUCUGACCGAACUUGGGAGAACACCAGUAGCUGUUAUUUCAGCUGGGGUAAAAUCCAUCCUGGACAUUGGUCGGACCCUGGAGUAUCUAGAGACCCAGGGGGUCUGUGUUUCCACGUUUGGAGAUUCCAGAGACUUCCCAGCUUUCUUUACUCCAAGCAGUGGCUUCAAGGCUCCGUAUCAUGUCCGCAAUGAGGAGGAGGCUGCACAGCUUAUCGCCAGUUCUCUGGAGCUUAGACUGGACUCUGGGGUCCUAAUCUCCGUCCCUAUACCUUCUGAGUAUGCUGCAUCUGGCCUGAUGAUGGAAGAAGCCAUUCGCCAGGCAUUGGAGGAGGCCAGGCUACAAGGCAUUGUGGGAAAAGAGGUGACCCCAUUCCUUCUGCGCAGAGUAAAUGAGAUUACUGGAGGGAAAUCCCUUGAUUCCAAUAUUGCUCUCAUAAAGAAUAAUGCCAAGGUUGGAAGUCGCAUCGCUGUAGCCCUGAGCAAAAUCCUAAAUCCUAAAGGAGGCAAAGGAAAGGAUUUGCAUCAUCAUGAGGGACUGGGGGACAAGCUGUCUGAUUCCAGGCCGGUUGUAAUCGGAGGUAUCAAUGUGGACUUCAUUGCAAAAGCAGCUCAGGAUAACAUGGAGUUUGGAGGACAGACUAAUCCAGGUCAAGUCCACCAGUCCUUUGGAGGUGUGGGCAGGAACCUGGCAGAUUGUAUGAGCCGCCUUGGUUACAGACCCCUCUUCAUAUCUGCCGUAGGACAAGACGACCUCUCUGAUUCCGUCUUUCGGUACUGCUCGCACAUGGAUAUGAUGGGGGUGGCACAUCUGAAGAGUCACAAUACGGCCACAUACUGCGCAGUCAUCUCUGGCAGUGGAGAACUGAGUCUUGGACUAGGAGACAUGGAAAUUCACCACCAGAUAACGGAGAAACACGUGUCUCAGUUUGCAGACCGUCUCUGCAGGGCUCGACUAUUGUGCAUAGAUGGGAAUGUACCUGUGUCAACCAUUCAGUAUGUGUGUGAAAUUGCCCGUCAGAAUUCUGUGCCAGUUUGUUAUGAGCCCACAGACAUAGACAAAGCAUCUAAACCUUUCACCUCAAACUGCUGGACGGCUCUAACCUACAUCUCUCCAAACUUAAAGGAGCUCUUGGCCAUCAACAGGACCUUAGGAUACGUAGAUGAUAUUGAUAUUCCAUGUGAAUUAGAAGAUAUAGUGGAUACAUCCAUCAGCCUCUCACUACCACUCCUGGAGAACAUACACUGCGUCAUAGUUACUCUGGGAGCCCACGGGGUCCUCUUGUGUGGCCACAGGCGUGAAGGAACAGUAUCCCUUCAUGCUAAAGACAAGGUAUCCAGAGAUGAUCUUUGUGCGGUACAUUAUCCAGCUGCUCCCAUUCCACCAGAGGAAAUCAUCAAUGUAUCUGGAGCAGGAGACAGCCUCAUGGCUGGACUCCUUACAGGAGUCCUAGCUGAAUAUGACACAGACACCUGUGUCCGAAUAGGUCUCUUGGUGGCCCGUCACUCCCUUCGCUCACGUGGACCCAUCUCUCAGCAUAUCUCUCCCAUCAGUGUCAUAUUACAGCAAGUGGUGAAGGAGAAGUGGCCGGCACCCAGAGUGUGGAGCAUCUCACCAUCUAAUGGGAAGACAUUCCUCAAGACAAGACACUAAAAAGAAGAUUGUAUCAUUAAACAGCUGGCUGUUAGGACUGCAGUCCAUGCCCAUUGUAAUCCUGAUGUUCCCUGUGGGGGUGGAUGCCAUGCCCCUUACCAUGUCAUCCAGCAUCCUGUUUGCCAGUGCCCUUUCUAUGCUGCUGCUUCCAUGCUGCUGCCUGAUGCUUCCUUAAAGUGGUGUCUCACUUCAUUCAGUGGAAUUUAUCAUGUAGAGAAAGUUAAUACAAGCCAUUUACUAAUGUAUUGUGAUUGU